AUGCAUUCUAACCACUUCACUAGCCACGACUUGGAUCUACUCGAGUCUUACAUUCAUGACUGCAUCGACCAGUUGCCCAAACUUCCGGCCGCCACGGAUGCCGCUGUGACGGGUGCCAGCGCUCAAAUUCCCACCCGCUGCUCGUCCUAUCACACAGUGUGCACCAAUAUGCUCAAGGAAGUGAUAUCACUCUUGUCACUCUUCUCUCCGCGACUGUGCCGUCUUAUCGGACAGGUCUGGGACCUCGCAUCGCUCAACGUGUUUGUACUGCUACAAGUGGCGACUACAGCGUUGCAGGAGGCCCAGCAGCUCCGCGACCAGCUCGCGUUUGCUGAGCGUUUCCACACAGAAGGUCUACAGCGACAGUCAUCUAUCGUCCAGCGAUAUGAGGACGACCUUGCCCGCCAGCGAGUGAGCGAACAAGGUCUGAGAGCUGAGCUACAGAAGGUUCGCCAACGUGCCAACCGUCUCGCUGUGGAGAACGGACAACUACAUCUCGUCGUAAAUCGAGUUCUGAAUGCCCACGACACUAUGGAAGCAACUCGUUACGACAGCUCCAACUCUGUUGAACACGUGGUCGCACAAGAGUCCAACUUCUGUGAAGACAUCGCUGCAGUUGGAGACGUGGAGGAGCGUGAACUGUACGGAGUUGAUGAAGACUCCUUGACACGCAUAGAAAUCGUGCAUCCCAUUGAAAGCUAUUCAACUGACUUUGAGCAGCUUUUCCAGGCACUUUUCGAGGGAGAGGACCGCAAUACCCGAGUGCUAAAUGAAAUGGACCGCUUCAUCAACUCGACUGCCGUGGCCUUGCUUUGGCGUUAUGGCUCAACGGAGGAAGAGCAUCAGCUGAUGCAUCGAAUGCUGAGUGCAAGUACCGUUGGUACACAAACCGAGGGGGUAUUCCGUCAGAAGCCAUCACAUUGGAAAUCGGAGAGUGAAGACUAUGAGUCCGAUAACGAAGGCAUACAUUCUCAUGCCCCCAUCCAAACCCAUUCGUCGAUCCAGGAAGAGUACGAGGACGAAGAUAGUCAACAGCUACAACAGUCAGUGAACCUCGAAGUUUUGGCAGUCACUAAACAUCAGGUGAUUCCAGCCACUCUGCGAGCCCAACUAGACUCACGACCUCGAGUACAGCGCGUUCUGGAAAAGUCUCAGCUCAACCGCAUUUUGUUACGACUAUAUCUCGAGAAGCUCGAGUGUGAUGCACGGACUUUACGACGGCGACGAGUAUUGACCGUUGUCCGAACACCACUUCACCGGUUCAUGAAAGAGUUUUUCCUCGUACGCUACGAAGUGCCAGCACUGGCUGAUUUCCACAUGAUGGAGAUCGUCAAGAGCUGUUUCUACUACCACGAACAGCUGAAGAUCGCUCAUCGUCGAGGAGCAGCAGUCGAUGGCUCCACUUCUCUAGUUCACUGUCUCCCAGCAAUGCCUGAAAAACUAAUCCAGCGCAUUCAGCACAGUACACACCAGCGCCAACACCACGAUCAGACAGCGAUGCAUGAUCAUCUCCAAGAUCUCCAACAACAACAGCAGUUUGAUGCCUCUGACAUCCGACUAGCACUUUUCAGCCGACUCUGCGAGCUCGUCCCCUUCGACGUCGGCGGAUCUCCUGUUGAUUCCACGCCAAUUGGUGGAAAUGUGUCGGCUUGUCUACUGAAUGCAGUUGUAGAUGUACUGGGUGACAUCUUGGAGCUGGACCCUUCGGUGCCAUCCCUCGCUGCGGUGGAAGAAGUCCCGACCGAAGCAAAUUGGGGACUCCCUCGUGGUUUAGCAAGCGAGUUAUUAGCGCAGCAUUUCCCGUUUAUUGACCAGGACAUUCUGGAAGAUACCAACGCUUGGCUUACACGACUUGCCCCUGUGCAGCGAUUAGACUCGAUUGAAGACACCGGUUCAGCCGAUUGUAUCGCAGUAGACGUCUUCCUCGCACUGUUUGCAACCACAUGGAUGAAAUACGACCAGCGACUUGAAAGCAAACUGCGCGAGAGCUUCCGCCAUCAGCUGUUGCUGUCAUCACCGUUUGCUAGGACGCAGUUGGCAGACGCACAGGCUGCACUCAAUACCACGAGACUUGAAAUUCGAGAGGCUUCGGAACCCGACAAUGAGGUCAUAAGGGAAAGGCCAGUUAGCCGGAUGAGCACUCGACGCUGCAGCACAAAUCUACCGACCUUGGCACUUGGAGCAACAGCCAUUACGAUGCAUUCGUCGCCACUUGAACUGCUCACUCAGGCUUGGACAACGCUUGUGAACGAGACACUGUCAUCAUUGGAUAUGGAAGAGCUUGAAAACACAUUUCGAGGCUUGCUCGAAGCCAAACACCUCGAUUCCAAGCACCGUCAUGUUAAGAAAGAGAUUCCAGAGCCGACGGGGUCGCUAGGCGGUGUGACCGAGAAGGAGUUCGUUUUCCACACAUUACAGGUUCUUCGGCGACGGCGCAACAGCUACGGACUGCGCACCAACAGCAGACGACCACCCCGUUAUGCAGCGUACGGAAGUCAUCUUCUUGCAGCAAUCGGUUCGGACGAGAUGCCGGUUCUUCUCAGCUCGCUUAAGCCAGGACUAAACAGCGACAGCCUUGCGUACGUUAGCAAAUAG